GUGACCAAGGCAGUGCGAGCCGGAGAGGUGGAUGCCAAGACCCGCCGGCAGAUCUUUGACGCGAUCGGCUUCACGCUGCCCGCGCGCCUGCUGAGCUCGGGGCAGCCCCCAGCCGGGUGCCCCCCGCACACCUUCCGCGCGCUGGGCCUGACACUGCUGGCCUGUUUCUGCACCGACCCGCAGCUCGCCGCCCACUCCCAGCUCCUCAGCAAAAUCCACACCUUCAACCAGGUCCUGCUGUCCCCCUGCGACCCGGACGGCGCGUCCAUGGUGGACGACGUGUACCAGUGUCUGAGCGCUGUCCUGGCCACUGCCAGGGGCCCCAGGGAGUUGGUGACCAGAGGGACAGUGUCUGCUCUCUGCCAGGCAUACCUGAGUGGCACUCACGGCUCUGACCGUGCCCUGGCACUGCUGGUGGGGCUGUUGGCUGCAGCAGAGAACAAGUGUUGGCAGAGAGAUGCUCCACAGCUCCUGGCUGUGCUCGGCAAGCUCUCCGAUGAUUUCCUCAAGGCUGAAGACAUGACCAAAUUUGAGCUGUGUGAGGUUCUGCCUCGCUUCAUCCCACUGUCACCUCUGCUUACGCAGGACCCACAGGGCUCCGAGUGCCUCGGCAGACUUUACAAAGGGCUGGGUGACAUUUUGGGCAGCAAGCUGAGCCAGUCCCAGCGAGACCCUGCUCUCAAGCUCGCUGCCAGCCUCGUGCAGGCCUGUGGGGCAGAGUGGAUCCCAGCAGGGAGUGCUGGCAGCAAGUUCCUGGCCUUGCUGGUGAACUUGGCUUGUGUGGAGGUCCGGCUGACCCUGGAGGAGCCAGACCCCGUGGAGGUGGAGGGCAAGAAAGAAGUGGUGACGGCCUGUUAUGUCCUUAUGGAGAUGGGGAUCCAGGAGUGCCUGAGGGAAGAGAACCCACUGCUGGAUGAGGGGCAGAAGAUGCAGCUCAUGAGGAUUAUGGAGGAGGCAUUUGGAGCUGUAAUUUUCCACCUGAGACAGGUUAAACAGGAGGAGCUGCAAGAUCCUUUCAUAUUUGCCUCCGUUCGAGUCCUUGGAGCCUGGAUGGCAGAAGAGACCUCCUCCCUCAAGCAGGAAAUCUGUGAGCUCUUGCCUUGGCUUGUUCAUUACACCAGGAAGCUUUUCCAGGAGGGCAGCUCAGCUCCAAGCCUCCUCCAGGCAGAGCUGGUCAGCACUGAGGGCUCUGCCUUACCCCUGGAUGCUCUGAGGUUUCUGCUCCCUGGCUUUUGCCAUCUGACAGCAGAGGACAGGCCCCGGGACAUCCUCAUCUCCGAGGGGGCACCAGCACUGCUCUGUGAGUACUUCCUCCAGCAGUGGGAGGUGCUGAGCUCCGAGUCCACAGCCCCAGAGCUGCUGACCAGCACUGAAAUGAGCCUGCAGACCCUGUGUGGGAUUUUCCUUAACCUGGUGGUGACUGCUCCAGACCUGGUCAGGCAAGACAAAACCUUUUCCUCCUUGAUGGAGGUGUUGCUGAAGUCUCUUCCAGUUCUGCUGCCCCAGGAACAUCACUUGGUUCUGGCAGCAAAUGUUACCACUCUGGGCCUGAUGAUGAGCAGGAUCCUCACAGGGUCAGCAGCUCUCCAAAGGACACAUUCUGCCAAGGAGUUUUUCAGAGCAGCCAUUCGCUUCCUCUCCCAGGCCCACACGGCCGAGGCAGACCCCAGCAGGGAUGGCCUGGCCGUGGCUGUGUCACCUGCCUACAGGAGUGCCUGGGAUGACAUCCGUGAGCUCUGGUUCCUGGGGAUGCAGGCCCUGGCAGGCUGCAUCCCCCUCCUGCCCUGGCUGCCGCGCACCGUGCUCCGGGCGCGCUGGCUGGAAGGCAUCUCGGAGCUGCUGUCCCGCGUGGCUCCAGCCUCUGUGGAUUUUGAGCUCAUUGCUGCUUUCCAGGCAGUGCUGGUGGAGCUGGCCAGAGCCUCUGAGCCAUGCAGGGAUGUGAUCCUGUCCCACCACGGCUCGGAGUGGGCCAACCUGUACGGCAUGGCAGCACUGGAGCAGUGCCUGGGCAGACAGUGA